AUGCCUAACUGGGGCGGAGGAAACAAGUGGUCGGCGUUGCGGGGUGGGCGGUUGUAUCACGGAGAGGUGCAGUGUGACGGAAAGAGCUUCCACAUCUGCUUCCUCUGCAUGGUCUGCAGGAGGGUUUGGGACAGCACAACGCUGGCUAUCCACGACGCGGAGAUCUACUGUAAGCGUAGCUACGGGAAGAAGUACGGCCCCAAAGGAUACGGAUACGGUCAGGGGGCCGGGACCCUCAGCAUGGACCGAGGGGAGCGGCUGGGCAUCAAACUAGCAAGAGACACACAUUCACAACAACACCCACCACCAACCCAAACCCGUCCAAAUUCGGCCCAGAGUUUUGGAGGUUCGGAGAAAUGUGGCCGAUGUGGAGACUCUGUGUUCGCAGCGGAGAAGAUCAUGGGGGGCGGGAAAGGGAGGGAUUCUGACGAUCCAUGGCAUAAGAACUGUUUCCGCUGUGCAAAAUGUGGCAAAAGCCUGGAGUCGACCACUCAGACGGAAAAGACGGAGGAGAUCUACUGCAAAGCUUGUUACGAGAACUUCGGACCUAAAGGCUUCGGUUACGGUCAGGGAGCCGGAGCUCUGGUCCAACGCUCAGUGAAGAGAGAUCCUGAUGUUUUCAUCCACCGUGAACAAAAAACAGCUUUCUUUUCAUCCAUCAUUAACAGUUUUUUUUCGUCCAUAAACAGCUUUUUUUUUCGUCCAUCAUGAACAAAAAAAAACUGCUUUUUUCGUCCAUGUACAAAAACGAGCGUUUUUUUCCGUCCAUCAUGAACAAAAAACAGCAUUAUUUCCCUUGUGUUUCCUCUCUUAGGUGCUCAUGACACGAAUAAAAACAUUACCAAACUC